CCAUUGGUGAGUAGUGCGUUACAGCUAAACAAUUGCAAACUCUUCUCUUGGAAUUCUAUUUUGCAUCUCGUCAUUGUGUAGAUAGACUUCAGAACCAAACCAGAUAAAAGACAAGAUAUGCAAGUGCGCGACUUCCAAUAUUUAUGCCCAUAUCAGAUAUGAAGUGUCUUGAACGGAAUCGUAUGACUGUGAACAGCUGUAGUCUGGACCUCAGUUUGAGUGAAUAAGAUCCAAGUUACACCGAAGAUUCUGCCCAUAAUCUCACUUCCUUUUGUAUCUUGUAGAUGCAUAGCUUUCUCAAUCUUUUUCCUUGUGUUACAAUCCAUUCUUGUCAGAGAUUGUGAUCAAUAAUGUAGUGACAGUGGAAGGAAAGCUCACGCAUUCAGUACAACAGUAAACUGAGUUGCAGUGCAUUCUUAAUAUCCUUUUACGUUCAUAAGUAUUAAUAUUAAUAAUGAUGCAUUGGACAUUCCCAAAUUGUUUCAUCCUAAAAGGUCAAUUUCCAUCCACUAGGCAACCGACAAAUCUCUUGAAAUGUAGGACCAGUGAUUAAUGGAUUCUGUUCAUCUCUGUUGUGCGUUGCAUUUUUGAAUUUUCCCAUUCGAAAGCAGGAAUCUUGAUGGGAUUAGUAGCCUUAAAUGUUCACCAACUUCAUUAAAUUUUAUUCGAUAGCAUUUGAUAACCAUUAAGGCCUGGUGAACUUCAGUUUUGAAACUGUUCAGGCGGUGCUCCUGUUAAAGUGAGCCCGGGUAUCAUCAAUUUUGUAAGGGAUUCAUUUACUGUUUUGAAAAAAUGGGUUCUGCUAUUGUAAUCCAGGUUUCGCUGGUUGUAUUGUGCCUGCUAGAAGUUUUGAGAGGCUGUGUGUGUGUUGGGGAGGAGGAUAGCGGUAAUUUGGUGGUUGGUCUGAAGCACAGAGGCUUCGGGAGCAUCGAAGCCAGGAGAAAUCCCUUUGAAUUGCUGAGGAUAUCAAGUAACAGGAGCUCUAUUAGGCUUCAUGCUCUAAGGGCGGGAAGAACACGUCACCAUCAGCGUGGGAGAAAAAACCAUUCUCUGGAUGUCUCUCUGCCUCUGAGACCGGCAAGUGACUACAUAAUCCCUCUAAUGCUGGGCACGCCGCCACAGAGGCUUGAAGUUUUUAUGGAUACAGGAAGCGACCUUGUAUGGGUACCGUGCUCAACCAAUUCGAAACGUUCUUUUGAAUGCAUCAUGUGUGAAGGUUUAGACAUCCCUAUAUUCUCUGCAUUUGAUUCUCAUUCAAUGAGACGUGAAUCCUGCGCCAGUGAGUUAUGCUCUGCUAUCCAUAACUCAGACAAUCUUAAUGAUCUCUGCAUAAUGGCUGGAUGCCCAUUUGAUACUGUAGACAUGAAGCCUUGCCAGAAAUCCUGCCCUCCGUUUUAUUAUGCCUAUGGGGAUGGCAGUUUAAAGGGUAGGCUGAUUAGAGACAGGCUUACGGUCAACUUGGCCAAAGGUGGGAGUAGAAAAAUCACCAACUUCACUUUUGGAUGUGCAAAAAUUUCACUUGGGGAGGCGGUAGGGGUUGCUGGAUUUGGCAGAGGGAGCCUUCCUUUCCCUGCCCAAUUAGGUGAAGCGGGGAGCAGAGGCUUUUCCUACUGCCUUGUCAGCCAUAGGUUUGAUGAUAAUCUCCAUAUCUCCAGUCCUCUUAUGUUUGGAGACUCUGCCAUCCCCAGGCAAGGUAAAGUCCACUACACCCCCAUGAUCAAUAACUGUAAGCAUCCUUAUUUUUACUACUUGGGUUUAGAAGGAAUCAGCAUAGGAGAACACUGGCUCAAGCUCCCUUCAAGCCUGACUGCAUUUGAUAGUGAAGGGAAUGGGGGUUUGAUCAUCGACUCUGGCACCACUUUCACCAUGCUUCCUGGGUCCCUGCAUAGGAAAAUCUUGAAGAGGCUCAAGUCUGCAAUUCAAUACACCAGGUCUUUUGAGCUUGAGGAGGCUUCUGGGCUUGAUCUCUGCUAUAAGUUUCCCAUCGCAAAUGAGCCGCCUUCGUUUCCAAGCUUCAAGCUUCAUUUCAAAGAAAAUGUCACUAUCACACUUACUGCAGAGAAUUACAUGUUUGUAAUACCUGAUUCAGAUGAAGAUACUACCACUAAUACUGGCGCCGCUUCGGCAAAAGUGGGGUGUCUGAUCAUUUCGAGCAGUGGAGAUGAAUUAUAUGGACCUGUUGCUGUCCUGGGGAAUUAUCAACAGCAGAAUUUGCAUGUUAUUUAUGAUAUAGAGAAACAAAGGGUUGGAUUUCUGCCAAAAACAUGUUCUCCAGUCGCCCACUGAUCUCUCGCUGUCUCUCUGUUUCUCUCUCUCCGUCUCUCUGUCUCUCUCUCCCUCCACACUGUUCCUGUUUUAAGUCAACAGUAUCUAUUUUGAAGAGCUUAAAUGCAUUCCACAAAAGCCUCUGGAUUGCAAGCAUCUCAAAACUUGCAAUUGAUGUUUCGUGCAAUAUACUACCAAAAGAAAUUUGGAGUUUGGUCCAAUCCCAGGCCUCCAAACAGUUGUAACUAUUUUCGCGUUGUCAUUGCCUUGGCAGACUGUAAAUUCUUCAACAGGCAGACAGCCGUCCAUUACAAAUAUGCAGUGCAGCCACUAAUAGUACCGCCUUGUUCAUACUGUUUAUAAUCAAACGAUGCAUUAAGUUCACCAGAAUUUGAGUCUCAUGUAUGAAUAUACAGAAAAUAGCUUUUGGUUGUAAGGAACAAAUUUUGAAUUCCUUAUAUGUAACAUAUAAUAUAUAUGCUUAGCUACUGGAA